GAUUCAGUCACCUCAGAGAAACUCCAGAUAACCAGAAAGCGCACUGCUGAUAGAGAUAGCACAGAGGGAGAGGCAUAGGAAAGAGGGAGGGGGCCAAAAGAGAGGGAGCCACACACAGGAGGAAAGAAGAGGGGCAACGCACUGCUCCAGCACUCAGACUCCGAGAGGACAGAGGACAAAUAGGGAGCUCAGCUAAGCUCACUGACAAGACGCACAACAAGACAAGAGAGAAAGACAAGAGCUCCGGGCUCAGUUACACACUCAAGUAUCUUCAAACCAGCUCUUACAAACCAAGAGAUACAAAAAGAGAAAAGAAGAGAAGAAAGUCUGGAUUCUGUGAUUUUUUUUUUUGUGGCCUGCAUUGUGUGGAUUUCUUGGGAGACUUUUUUUUACUCCCUGUUUUUAUUUAUUCAUUUAGUACUGAGCAGUUUGGCAUCUUUUAUCCUGACCUCCUACGCCUUUCUGAUAUCCACCUCCCUGGACUGUGGAAGAUCAAUAGAUUGGGACAUGUGUGCGGUGUAUAUGAAUGAACUGUGUGUUUUUGUCUUUGCAUGUGAAAGUGUAGGUGUACAUUUAAACUUUACAAAGGGAUUUUGAGUAGGUGUGUGUUUGUGUGUGUGCGUGUGUGUGUGUGUGUGUGAGUGUGUGCUUGUGUGUGUGAGAGAGCAACCAGGAGCAAAGAGCAGCAGUGUUGGGAGGAGAGGGAGGAGGUGGUGAGAGGUCUUUGAGGCGAACCACCAGUUGUUCCUGUUAAGAUCUGAGUUAUUGAUGUGGCGCUGCUGAGGAAUAAACAGCACCGGGGACUACAGCAGAGUCAGUCACAACACUGCAGGCUUUACCCCCACAAGCAGCUGCAUCGCCAUCACUUUUACCGAUAACGCUAGAUCACAUCUAGUCAGCCAUUCAGGUUAUAACACCUACAGUCCAAGUGAGGUUGGGGGUCCCCAGACAGAGGAGGUGGUCAGUCAGGGGGAGUUUCUCCCACUCUCGCUCCCUCUCCCUGCACCCAACUCAGCAUGCCCCAGCCCCAGAGCUCCUCCACAGCUCUCUCAGCUCCACUACCAUGUGUAGAUGGACAGUGACACAAGGUGCACUGGUCGCCUGGCUCUCCACCUGCCCCUGCUACAGACCUCCUUCACUCAUCCCCUCGGUCACUUUCCUACUCCUGCUUCUCCUGCUCGGACCCUCCUCAUCAUCGCCCCUGUCCGCUUUAUCACUAGACUCUGAAAAGCACCACAAUGCACCACCAGGGACUCCUUCUCAAAUCUUCAUCUCACAUCAGCCCCCUUCAUCAUCACCGGCACCUCUGCACGCAUCCUCUGCUAGGUUGCCACGGGCAACCAAUGUCUCAUCGUCCUCAGCGUCGGUCGUUGGGCGCCACGUGCGGAGCAGCUACAACCAUCUACAAGGAGAUGUGCGCAAAAGGAAACUGUUCUCCUACCAGAAAUUCUUCCUUCGCAUUGACAAGAAAGGAAAAGUUAAUGGCACCAAAAGUGAGGAUGAUCCAUACAGUAUGUUGGAGAUCAAGUCAGUGGAUGUGGGAGUCGUGGCCAUCAGGGGCCUCAGCAGUAACUACUACUUGGCAAUCAGCAAGAAGGGAGAUCUAUACGGAGCGAGGGACUUUGGUCCGGACUGCCGUCUGAUUGAACGCAUCGAGGAGAACAAAUACAACACCUACGCUUCAGCAGAGUGGCGCAACAAGAAGAAGCACAUGUUUGUGGGACUGAACGCCAACGGCAAGCCAAUGAGGGGUAAGAAGACAAGGAGGAAAAACACUGCCACUCACUUCCUGCCCAUUGUGGUCCAACCCCGAUGAUUGGACAUAUCAGCCGUGAGAGAGCUCGGCACACUGCGGGCUAUCGGACUUUUUUAGAGAACAGCGAUGUCUACAUUGGACAGAUCUGAAUCAGAUCUGAAUGAUGCACUGAGGAGGAACAGAAUUCAAACCUAUUGACAUUUUGUUGCGCAAAGACAUUUCUAUUUUUUAAGAAAGAAAUAAGAUAUAUUGCUAUACAAUGUAUAUACUAUUUUCUGUUUUAAGUUAUCAAGAACAUUGGCACAGUAGAAAAUAAAUUACUUCUGUGCCAAAAUGUGAUUAGUAACUCACAUUUCUAGAUUUGUGUACAUGUGAAGAGUUGGACUGGGAAGAAAUAAAAAUGAUAAAUAUGUAAGAGGAAAAGACAAAGACAAGAGGUUUUGAUAGAAAGCUGACUUAUAGAAAAGGAGAAGAAAAGAGCAGAAAAUGUAAAAGGAUGAGAAAAGAACCACCAACACAACAGCAAGUCUAACACGAUCAUGUUCUAUUCUUUAAAUUUAUUUAUUUUGUGUAAUAUUUAACGAAAAAAGAACAAAAACACAAAAAGGACAAAUUCUUGUCUUUUUUACCAUUUAUGCUUUUUUUGGAAUACUAAUCAUUUAAACCUGAAUAAAUAUAAAAAUAUAUUUGUCUUUAA